GCUGUCACAGUUAUCCAUGAAAGCAAACACAACGGUAAUAAUCACAUCUGCUCGCUGUUGCUGGUAAGCUGUUGGUGAGGGGAGGCCUGAGUCCACUGCAAAAGGCGCCAGCAGUCAAGUUUGGUCAGACAGUGGUCAGUAGAUAUUGGAACUAUGAGAGUUAUAAGACUUGGAACUUUAGUUUCUACCAAUUGGCUCUGUGAGCAGUUAGCUUCCAUCCAGCACAGCACCAAUGGGGUCCUGCGAAUUCUUGACACAUCCUGGUUGCCAAAACCUGGUAUCGAUAGCUACUCAGAAUUCUAUCAAAAAAGUCAUAUUCCUGGAUCAAAGCAUUUUGACUUGAAUCAAUGCGUGCAGCCUACACCUCUGAUACCUCGCAAUCUCCCUGACCCCAAGUGUUUCACUGACUACGUACAGGGCCUCGGAAUCUCAAGUGACACUCACAUCAUAGCAUAUGACAGGUUCAACACAAGGCCUUCUGUGCGUACCUGGUGGCUGUUCAGGUUGUAUGGUCACAACAGGAUAUCGGUGCUUGACGGAGGUCUGAACAAGUGGCUGGAGAACGGGUAUGAAGUUACAGACGAAGAACCCGAAGUCAAAAGAGGGAAUUUUACAACUCGUCUGAAUCCCAAUUUGCUGAGGGACUACGACACGAUGGUUGACAAUGUCGAGACGAAGCGUGAACAAAUAGUCGAUGCCCGCGAUGUGGAGAGCUUCAUGGGAGAGACAGAUCUGCCCCCAGAAAUCCAAUCUGGCCACAUUCCUGGAUCAAGAUGUAUUCCAUUUGAAGAUAUCUUCAAUCCCGAUGGAACAUUCAAGUCUGAGAAAGAUCUCAAGAAAUUAUUUGACCAGGCUGGUAUUGACCUUGGCAAGCCUCUUGUAGCAUCUUGCCUGGCUGGACUAACAGCAUGUGGUCUUUCUACAGCAGCUCACAUCCUGGGAAAGGAAGUUGUACCAGUCUACUAUGGCUCUUGGCUUGAGUGGGGACAGAGAGCUGAUACUGACUUGUGUGUAACUGGAAAGUGACAGCAGCCGGGCUCUAGGAUCAGUAUUGACAAUAUAUGCAAUAAUCAUACUAUGCACUUUCAUUACUGACAUUUAAAUGCAAUAAUAAAAUUUAUUUUCUACACAAAACUUGCAUUGAAAUUAUAUUUAAGAUGAUAGUGAUCUGUGUCAAGAUCUGCGGUCUGCACUAAACAGGGUUGUAUGUUAUACACUAUAUUAUAACUUUAGUCAUUAUUAUAUUUAGGUGUUGAAUGUAUGGAAGUUUUUUCAACCUUGUGUUUCAUGUAUUGAAGUCAAAUCAUUCUCUUGUUUUCACAUUACAUGUUGUCAAGUACGAAUGAAUGUCCAUUUGGAUGAAAUUUGUCACCAUUUAUAAUAAUAAUUUCACUGGUUGUCUUUGUCACUGAAAUAGAGCUAUAUGGUAAUGACAAGAUAGUAUAGAUGAUUGUAUGAUAGUAUUGGACUUUAUUGCAAUUGUAGCGAUGUUUCACGAAGCAAGACAUGUAUUGUUGGCAUACAUCACGUCUCAUAUACCUAGAGUGAGUGAGUUUGAUUUGAGGUUGCUUUUAACCAUAUUACAGCAGGGUACACCAGAAAUGGGCUUCACACAUUAUACCCAUGUGGGAAUCAAACCCAGGGCUUCAUCAUGGUGAGCCUUACCCUAGGGCUGGGAUGGGUAACUCGGGUACUCUGAUCGGGUGGGUCCUAAGUAGGACCCGGGUACCCACAGGACUACCCGGACCCAUGGUUAGCCACAUGAUAUAUU